GGAUGUGGGCGCCUCACCGCCGUAAGACACCCACAUACUUUCUCUCUGCGCGUCCAUUUGAACGGGACUAGAUGAUGAGCGCCAAAUAACACGAGACCCGUCCACGGGAAAAGGAAAAAAAAAAAAAAGAAAGAAAGAAAAGUUUGCACCGAUUCAGUUCUUCGGUGAUGUGAAAACCUCGAGUGGAGGAGAUCUGUACAGGACACGGGCCGAAGGGGAAAAACUGCAGGAUUCGUGCAGGAUUCGUGCCUGCUGGAGCUCGCGCUGACCAUCAAAUGACCAACUUCUGAAAAGUCGAUCUGGGCUGUUCUUGCAGUUUCUCAGCUCGCCAACUUCGCAACAACAUCAUGGGUAUCUUGCUCUCCUCCAACCUUUUUCUCCUACUCCUGGUUUCUGUGUUGAAUUGGCUCCCCACUCCUGCAUCUGCAUUUCUCAUCAACUGGGACCGCACGACAUCAUCAGCCACCCUUGGACCUCACUUCACAGACUGCAUCUCAAGGGACCAGGAGUCUUUCCGCUGCUGGUGGAGUCCAGGCAGCCUCCAAAACCUGUCUUCUCCUGGAGCAUUGAAAGUAUUUUAUCUAAAGAAAGAUUCCCCCACCAGUGAAUGGAAGGAAUGUCCUGAGUACAUCCAUGAAAACAGAGAGUGCUUCUUUGAUGCCAACCAUACUUCCGUUUGGACCCCCUACUGCAUUCAGCUUCGUGGCCAAAACGUCACCUAUUUCAAUGAGGACGACUGCUUCACAGUGGAAAAUAUAGUGCGUCCUGACCAGCCCGUGUCUUUAAACUGGACCCUGCUGAACAUAAGCCCCUCUGGCCUCAAUUACGAUGUCUUAGUCAGCUGGAAGCCCCCGCCCUCUGCAGACGUUGGCUUGGGCUGGAUGCGCAUUGAGUAUGAAAUCCAGUACAGAGAGAGGAACGCCACCAACUGGGAAGCACUGGAGAUUCAGCCGCACACCCAGCAGACGAUCUAUGGCCUGCAAAUAGGAAAAGAGUACGAAGUGCACAUCCGCUCCAGGAUGCAGGCCUUUGUGAAGUUCGGAGAGUUCAGUGACUCCAUCUUCAUUGAAGUUACAGAAAUUCCCAGUGAAGAUUUUACUGUCCCAUUCACUUUGGUUCUCAUUUUUGGGGUUGUGGGGGUCCUGAUUAUCAUCAUGAUGAUAAUCAUUUCUCAGCAGCAAAGAAUAAUGAUGAUUCUCUUGCCACCUGUUCCUGUACCCAAAAUCAAAGGCAUUGAUUCAGAAUUGUUAAAGACGGGGAAACUGGAGGAGUUGAAUUUUAUCCUGAAUAGUGGGGGUGCGGAUGGCCUGCCAGCCUAUGCAGCAGAUUUCUACCAAGAAGAGCCAUGGGUGGAGUUCAUUGAGGUGGAUGAGGAGGAUGCACAAGGUGGAGAUAAGGAAGGCAACUGUAAUUCAGACACUCAGAGGCUCCUUGGUCUCCCACACAGGAAUCCAGAGGGUUUCAGCACCAUUAGCCACCCUGACGAUGACUCAGGCCGGGCCAGCUGUUACGACACAGACCUGCCGGAACAUGACACUCAGAGGCUCAUGGCAUCCCUGCUGCCGGGUCAACCUGAGGACAACGAAACCUGCCUGGAUGCCCCAGCUUCAGAGACAGGUGAAAAGCCCCUCAUCCAAACUCAAAUCGGGGGACCACAGACUUGGAUCAACACAGACUUAUAUGCCCAGGUCAGCAAUGUCAUGGCAUCUGGUGGGGUUGUGCUGUCCCCUGGGCAACAACCCAAAAUCCAGGAGAACACCUCAAGUUCAGAGAGGGAAACACAGAAAGUAGGAAAGCAAAAUGAAGAUGUUGAGGGCAUCAAGGAGCAGAAGAGAAAUGAGCCCCAGUUUCAGCUGUUUGUAGUGGUUCCAGAGGGAAGCGGCGACACCACCGAGAACAACAUCCAGCAGACCAGCACUCCUCCCAGCACUUCGGUGCCUGGGGCAGGGUACCAAACCAUACAGCCUCAGCCAAUGGAGACCAAACCUGCAGCCACGGGAGACACCAACGAGUCCCCGUACAUUCUCCCCGAGCCUUCCCAGCCUCAGCUCUUUAUUCCUGUUGCAGACUACACAGUAGUGCAGGAGUUGGACACGCAUCGCAGUCUGCUCCUUAACCCGCCUCCCAGCCAAUCUCCCUCUUUGUGCCAGCCACAGCAUCCUCUCAAAGUCCCAAUGCCCGUAGGGUACGUCACCCCAGACCUGCUGGGGAAUCUCACACCAUGAGUGGACAGGACCAUCAGACCUUAACUACAGGUACAGGCUUAUUGGACAGGAUGUCAGUAUGAAGUUACCCUACCUGAUUCCUGGUAACAACCAAAAAAAUCUUAAAAACCUGCAGGACACUGGAUGAAUAAGUGUGUGAAUUAACCACACACUUAUUACCAAGGAGAGAUAUGCAAGGAGAGAUAUGCAGGUACAUCUCAACAAAUUAAAAUCUAAUAGAAAAUGGGUUUUUUUCAGCAAUUCUAAUUAAGAAGUAAAUGUAAAAAAUGGAAAAGUUUGAUUUGACAGAAUAUUGAUCAAGCAUUUGUUUCUGUCAAUUUUGAUGAUUAUGUCUUAUAGCUACUACAAGUCAAAAAUCUGGUUUCCCUGAAAAUGUUAGUAUUCUAUAAUUUCAUAAUUUAUUAGCCUGAUGUAAUCAUUUCUUUGCAACCUAAACUUUGGCUUGUCAUUGCUUUUAAUCAGAACAUGAGAAACAAAUGCAAUAUAUAUGUCUCUGUGUGUAAUAAAUGUACAUAAUAUAUGAGUUACACUUAAAUUGAAUUGCUGAAACAAAUUAACUUCUUAACAAUAUAGUAAUUUAUUGAGAUGCACUAAAAACUACUCUUUUAUUAGUCCCCACUUAAUUGCUGAAUUUUUGGCUGAAACUCACUGAGGUUAAUAACAUCACAAAAACAUCACAAGCAAAUGCAAAGUUUGCAUCAAUGCAUGAUUGUAGUAAGUGGAAAAAUAUCCAUAUAUACAGUAUGUGUGAAAAAUUGCCUUAGAUUGCCUUAUAGUCUUAAUAUUGAAUGUGAAGUCAGAAUAUCAGUGAGGAUGAGAAGAGAAAGAGGCAGUAGUCAUGUUCUAACUACACAGUAAUUUGGCUUUGACAGUACUUGUCUUUUUGAGGUUUAAUGCCUAUCACAUUUACUAUAUUCCAAAGUUUCCUAUUUCACCAUGUUAUACUGAUAGUACUUCACAACAGAUAUAUUUUUAUACAAAACACGAAAAGUUUGAACAAAGCGAUGCAGAUUUGAAUCUCUGUCUUUGUUUCUUUAAGAAAAUAAAAGUUUUAUCUUUUAUAGUCAUUGGUUUUAGCUACACCAAAUGUCAACAAUUAAACCAAAGUUAGGGUGACCACUAAGUUUCUUAAGGGUCACUAGGUUUUUGAUCAGGAAUGCAUUACAUGAAAGGGAAACUAAAAUACUUGACUUAAUAAUUCCAAGAUUAAUUUGAAUAGAUUUUGUUGGACUUGUUUCACUGUCAAAGUUACUUUUAACAAAAAAGUAUGCAGUUAAACAAUAGCUUCACAUCAACACAAAACUUUAGUCACUGACUGUAGACAGUAAGGGUUUAUUUACUCAGAUUUUCCUUACAUGUGGAAACCAACCUUUUGCCCAGGCAGAGUCCCUCUUCACACUGCACCAGGGCAAUAGCAUGAGAGUAACAUCCCAUUAGUGGAUAGAGCUUGAGAGUACCUUAGCUGUUUACUCCAUGCCUCAAAUGUCCUGUGUAACUAUUGCUGAGAUGUGAAGAAAAACGUGCACAGUCUUGUACCAUAUAACAAUAUAAUUCUUUUUAUUAUUUUUUUUGUAGGUGUCCCAGCUAAAGAGUAGUGCAAAUCAGUUAGAAUGUGGGACAAAAUAGCGCACUCUGCUAUUUUAUGGGACCUGUAGAUAAUAUGAUAAUGAUGAUGCAGAUAAGCUGAUGAAAGUUAUCUGCUUUAAUACAAAGUAUUUUCCUCAUCCACAGCAAGUUUGAAUCUGAUGAUGGUGGUGCAGAAGCCUCUCCUGUAUUCCUGAAUUAGGAUGUUUGUUAUCAAAUGUCGUUUAGAUUUGAUUCCGACAGCAGUAGCAAAGUGGCUGAAUAGGAGUGUGGUAGCAUGGCAGUAGGGUGCUGCUUGACUUCAACCUGAAAUAUUAUUUUGUGGUAACCUAACAAUAUUCAAAUAUUAUUUGAUAUCCUGGUUUUCAUUGGGCAGUUUUCUGCCCUAAUUGAAGGCAAAAGGUGGUUCAACAUGUGUCACAGAACCAGCAGCAGGCCAAAGUUGCUUGACAGUACAUUGUUUUGGUUCAUUUAACAAAAGAGGACAUACAUGUUAUGAAAUUGUUGCAUUUUAAGUUUUCUGAAGACGAACUUUGUUCUACAUUGUCAUUUCAGAGACAGCAACUGGAAUAAGUUGACUGUGAAAAUGUACUAAAGAUGUUACGAGCUUGCACAAUACUUAUCUGCCACAUUCACUAUGUAACAAAUUAUGCCUAUUGUAGUAUUAUGGUUUGUUUAAUUGCUAUGGUACAAUACUAAUGUGGUUUAGAUUUCUGCAUAUCAGUUAACAAAAGGUACCUCUGUUUGCUAUGUAUAGAUGAAUUGGUUUAUAUGUUCUCUGUGACAAGAAACAGUUAAAAAUCGACACAAAACAUGCAUGCAUGUGUAUGUUAGCACAGAACAUAAAAGAACAUUCCCUAUUAUAAUAAGAUACUGUGCUUAAUGUUUCCAUUUAAGAAAAAAAGAUUUUCAUUUUGUAUGCUGAAAAUUAUUUGACAAUUUAUUACAAUUUUCAAAUUCAAAAUACUUAGCAUAUUUUGAGCUUAGCAUUUAUAAAAAGCAACACUCAACAAAUUGGAAUCUUGUUUGCUUAGCUUCAGGCUUUUUGUAGAUAAAAUAUUUAAGACUGUGUUUAUAAAGAAUAUUCUGCCUAAUACAGGAUCUUCUAUUUGUUUUCACAAAUAAUGUUGAAAGUAGUAAUUCCCCCACAAUAAAGGCUAUAUCAGCCUCUGUUCUACUCCUAAUGGGAUUCUUGAAAAGAAAUCAGAUGCCUCUUAUGUUUCAUUCCAAGUCCUGACUUGAUGAUUCAACACGUUCAUCGCAAACAUAAUAUGAGCACUAAUGUAACAUCUGCAUCUUAUUUUAGUGGCUAACCGAUCAACAUUGCUUUGUGCCAAGACAAAAAAACAUCAGGACUGAUAGCCUCAAAAUGACAAACACAUUUGAACUAAAUUAUAGUAAAAAUAUAAAUUUUUAAUGACUUCCAAAUUUAUUAACCUGCACCUGGAACAAAACUUUCCUAACAGUGCAAAAAAAAAAAAAACAAAAAAAAAAAAACACAACCAGUCUGUGAUUUAUGCUGCUUUCUUGCCUUUCUGAAUGUAAAUAUUCUGAAUAUAUGGAUCAAUGUAGUUUUUUUUUUGUAUCAAUCGGAUCUACAAAGAGAGGUUUAAAAUGUGAAUUUGAUGACUAUAUGCCAUUUCUCUUUCAGAAAUACUCAGUUCUCUGCUGCUCCUGCCAUUACGCGGAUGAUACCAGCAAAAUUUGUGCUGUCGCAAAAUGUCUUAAUGUAUUUGCUAGUGCUGUGCAAAUAUAAAGGUUUAUGUCGAGGAUGAUACUUUUACACGGUGAUGCUGCUUGGUGCAUGUAUUUCUCUUUUACUCAGUUUUUUCAUGGCUGAGUUCAUGUCAAGAAAGAGCAGUAAUCAGUGUUUUGUGAUAGUAAAGUGCAGGUUUUGUUUAGGCAUCUUGUCUGUCACAGUGUCCAGUGUUCACAGAAGGCUCUCAUUAUGUUCACGUAGCAAGAACAGAGAUUGAAGGACUUCUUUUUUUAGGUAAAACUGUGAAUGUGUAACUGGAAUACACAAUGCAAUCAUAAAACUGAGGAAAAGUUUUAAGCAGUGUUUGUAAUACCAUUGGCAAGAUGAAGAAAUUAGGAGGUGCUUUUUAUUCUUCAAGCCAACUGUGCAGAUGUUUACUACCUUAAGUAUAUAUUGUUCUUUUUUGCCAUAUCGCUCAUUUCACAGUGGCAGAAUUGGUAGUUUGUUAUUUGAAGGUUAUAAAUGUCAAGGACACUUUAGAGGACGCACUUUGUACACAUAAAGCAUAUAUGUGAUAUUUAGAAAUAGUAUUCAGAUUUUGUAUUUUUUGCCAAAUCAAGUGUGUGAUUUCUAUGUUACUACAGAAUAGCAUUAUGUUUUCUGGUCAGCACAAAAAUCAAACUUUGAGGAAUAAAUAAGCUUUGAUUUUGUCAUACAGUUUAUGUUUAUAAAAAAAACUUAUUUCACACUAACAGAUUACUAGAUUGUUGUACUGUAAUGGAGUAUUUAAUGUUUCAUAUAGAGUUUAUAGACGAUUAAAUCAGAACAUUUAUAAAGUCAUAUUAAACAUAUGUUGUGUGAUAUAUUCAUCUUUUUAACUUCUUGUUCUUGUUUGUGUCGCUGUGUGAUUUCAGUUUUUCAUGACCACAAAGAACUUUAUGACAAGGGUGAAUUGUUUUGGAAUGAUGCAUGUUUGGCCUGCAGCUUUGCGUUGAAGGCUGACUUUUGUCACUCUCUCGAGCCUGGAAGUAAUUUUGCUGGAAUUUUUGGUUGUCAGUUAAUGUUUUUGAAGCUAUCAGCACCAUACCCUGUGCAGUUCAGUUUGUUAAGGAAAGUACUUAAUUCUCCACUCGUCUUGAGGAUUUACUUCAAGCCAAGUACUGAUUUGAGUAAAUAAUGUUUUCUUUAGUUUUUGCAAUGUUCCAUGGCUCCUCUCUGUCUUUCUUCCUGUAGGCCCUCUGCCAUGUCAUUCACCCCCCCAGCAAACUGGAAACAAACAGCAAAUUAAAAUAAUAAUGUAGUCUAAGUUGAUAAACCGGUCGAUACUGGCUUUAUUAACUCCCUUUUUUGUCUUUUUUUUUUUUUACAUCCGAGUUCUUUUUUUUCUUUUUGCAUCCGAGAGCCAAUGUUCUUGUGUAAAAACUGCUGCUUUCCCUAGGGCCAAGAAAUGUAUUGAUCCUUGAGGAUUUGUCUGUUUUGUUCUCUUUUUGAUGUUGUAUGUGUGAUCAAUAAGUUCUCAAUAAAAUAAAUAUAACAGCA